AGCAACACGAAUUCCGAUAAUAUUGUUGUUUGAUGGAACUAAAAGGUUCGAACUUCCCUCCCUUCCCACACCCAUAUCACGGACGUUGUCUAUUCUGAAAAACACUUGCUGACCAAUUAUCAUGUAGUGGGCGAACGCAGAGGUUUCUGAAAUGAUUUCCUUUUUGACGUCCGCUUGAAAAAAGGUUCACUGAAAAAAAACUGUAGCAAUUGAUAGAUGAAGGGUUAAUGCUAUGAAGCUUUUUCUAAACCCCCGAUGGCUACUCAUUCUAAUGCUAAUUAUUCUAUGCUUCUCAUCCGCCUAUGGCGGAAGAGGAGGAGGUGGCAGAGGAGGUGGUGGUCGAGGCAGUUCGUCUAGAGGCAGUUCAUCAAGAGGUAGCUCAUCUAGGGGUAACACAAAUCGAGGUACAACUUUAGACAGAAGUCGAGACAGAGGUUCUAAAAGUGAUAGCAAUCGUAAUCCACAGGCUCCUGCUCCUAAACCAGAACCUCCUAAACCAAAAGCGUCUGUCAGACCUUAUGUACCCUCUCCUGCACCAGCACCUAAACCUUCAGCUCCAGAAGUGCGGCAACCAGCUCAAAAUCCAAACUUUAAAGAGACUCCCAGUCAACCAGCAAAUAAUCCAAAUUUUAAAGAACAGAGUGCAAACCAGCAAGCCAAUAAUCCCAACUAUAGAGGACAAAAUACUCCUGGGAACCAGCAACCUCCACCAUAUGCUCCAAGAGAAAAUCCUCCAGGGUAUUCGCCAGUCGGUCAACAACCACCACAUUCACCAGGUGUUGCACCACCUCCCUAUUCAGCAGGUGGUCAUCAACCAGCACAAGCUCCUGGUGGUGCUGCGCCUCCACCAUACAGUGCUCAAGGUCCUUCGUAUAAUCCGAACAUGGGAGUUCCCAACGCUAAUUACCCGAGACAACCAGGGUCACAAGGUAUACCAAAUGCAAACUACCCUAGGCAGCCGGGGUUACCGUCCGCACCUGGAGGACCAAAUUAUCCAUCUCAAGGUGGUAUACCUGGAGCCAAUUACCCUAGACAACCAGGAGGUAUACCUGGAGCCAAUUAUCCUGGACAACCAGGAGGUAUACCUGGAGCCAAUUAUCCAAGACAACCGGGAGGUAUACCUGGAGCCAACUACCCAAGACAGCCUCCAGUUGCUCCAAAUACUCUGGGAGGACGUGUUUGGCAACCCCAAUCAGGGGUGCCAGCUCCAGCUUAUAUGAACUAUGGAGGAUUGCCAACAGGUUCUAACAUGUACCAAAAGCCUCUAAAGAAGCAAGGAUUUCUGGGCUCUCUUAUGUCUAUGGGCCCAUCUCACAAAAUGGGAAAAACACCAAAAUAUUAUGGAUCCUAUCCGAGUCCUUAUGGCGGAGGAGGAGGUUUUGGCGGUGGAGGUUACGGAAGAGGAGGUUUCGGAAAACAUGGUGGUGGGUUUUCAGGGAGGUCUGCAGCUAUGUAUACAAUAUUGCCUUUCAUGGCAGCAACUACUCUGCUUAGUGCUAGUAGUAUGUUUAGGCCUAGAUUUGGUUUUAUGCCAAUGUUUUUACCCAGUCCUUUUCAUCAUCAUCAUUAUAGCUAUGGCUCUGGAUAUGAUGGAUAUCAUAAUCAUCAUUAUUACGAUGUUUAUAAUAAUGAAUAUGCUGGAAAAUGCAACCGUCCACUCACACCCAAGUACUCCAAUAUCUCAUGCAACUCCACAAAUAGAGAGAUCAAAUGUGAAGCGAAUUGCCAAGAAGGAUAUCGCUUUCCAGAGAACACAACAUCCAAGGGGAACAUAUGCUGGCACGUGACUGGAGUUUGGAGACCAACAAAGAACUUCCCUGAUUGCCAACCUGUUUGCAAUCAGACAUGUUUGAAUGGAGGAAGCUGCACCGGUCCAGAUGUAUGCGGAUGCCCACCUGAAUACAGAGGACCCCGAUGUGAACAUCACUUCUUGAACUGUGACAUCAGGAAGUUGGCUGGAAAUGUCAAGAUUCGAUGGGUAUGCACUCAUACAAAAAAUGGAACGACAUGCAAAAUCAAAUGCAAAGAGGAUAAAGAGUUUGAGAAACCUCCCCCUGAAGAAUAUAAGUGCACGCCUGACGGAACAUGGACACCAUCUGAAGUGCCUUUAUGCAUAGAACCAAGUAUAGUUUCAGGAAAUGGCUCAAAUAAUGAAACUGUGUCCUCGAGUUGAAUCAAUACCUGAAGAUAUUUUCUUAACGGAAUCAAUGUACAAAUUUUGAGAGAUAAUAAAUUUUAUCACAUUUUUAAGGAAA